UCUAUUUUUUGAGAUGCCAAACAAACCUUUUGGGAGCAAUAAUGAAUAACUCUGGCAUUUAUGCGCUGGUUCGAACAUAGGUAUUCUAUUUUUCCAUUAUUGCCCCUAAACUCUUAUUCACUUUAUUUUUGUAAAUAAUCCCAACUGUUCGUGCCAGUGUUUGGUCCGUGAUAAAUUAAGAGGCAGCAUUUUAACAUCUUCUAGAAGAUCGGGUGUGAGACGGCAGCCGUCUGUAUGGUUUUGGAUAAUAUGUCUGCAGCGGACAGUAGAGAGGUGGAGAUGCCGGCGGAGGCUCUCGGUCGACGGGUGUCCUGCGAGGGAGAGCGAGGAACGGUGCGCUACGUGGGAGAGGUCCCUCCGACAGCAGGGCCGUGGCUGGGCGUGGAGUGGGACAAUUCGGAGCGUGGGAAACACGACGGCAGCCAUGAGGGCAUCAAGUACUUCACCUGCAGACACCCCACGGGGGGAUCCUUCGUGCGGCCCAAGAAGGCCUCCUUCGGGGUGGACUUCAUGAGUGCCGUGCGGGACCUCUACCAGUUCAACUUGCAGGAGGUGUUUGGUCCGCAGACCACCAUCGCUUCCAAGACCGUGGAGGUCUCCGGUUUCACCAAGAACAGGGCCGACAGUCUGGGGGUGGUCUCUCUCAGGCAUCGGGAGGUCAGCAGUCCUGGACCCGGAGACCAGAUCCGGACCUUCAUGCCCGAUGUGAGAUCUCUGGACCUGUGUGGGAACCUCCUGUCCAGCUGGGAGAACGUGGCAGAGAUCACAGAGAACAUUGAGCACCUGCGAGAGCUGCUCCUCAGCCACAACCGCCUGUCGCUGAUCUCCGACCCCGUGUCUCUAAGUCACGCCUUCUCUAGCCUGACCGUGCUGUCCCUGGCCGGCUGUCAGCUCACAUGGACUCAGGUGCUCCAGUGCGCCCCCAUGUGGCCACGGCUGGAAGAGCUCUACCUCGCAGAGAACGACAUCACAGAACUCAGCAGGCCGCUGGAUGUCGUGCAGGACCUGAGAGUGCUUGACCUGUCCAGUAACCCAUUAGUACAAGACAGCAUCCUCAGCCUGGCUUACCUGCCCAGGCUGGAGAACCUGAACCUGUCCACGACGGAGCUGUCUGGUCUGCAGUUCGACGACGUUCCUCCCGGGGGUAAGACCGGGAUGUUUACCACCCUGAAGGUUCUCAUCUUGAACCACAACAACAUAGCUCAGUGGUCGGCGGUCAAUGAGCUGGCUAAGCUACAGAGCCUGGUGGAGCUUUCCUUUCGCCAUAACAACCAGCUGACCAACGACCUCACGCCUCAGACAGCCAAUCAGCUCAUCAUAGCCAAGCUGCCCCAGUUGGCCGUCCUCAACAAGAGUCGGGUGCUCCCAGAUGAUCGCCGGGGGGCGGAGCUCGACUACAUCAAGACGUUCGGAUUGGAGUGGCUGGCGUCCGGAGGGAACCGGGACCCCGCGGAGAACCGGCCCAGUGCCGCCUUCACCUGCACGCACCCCCGCUACCUGCCACUCAUCCAAAAGUAUGGCGCUGCAGAGGAAGGGGAACUUAAGAAGCAGACGCCAUUCGCUCUCAAGAAUCAGCUGAUCAGUGUGACGAUUGUUUGUCCAGAAGAGGCGGAGCGUCUUCCCGUUGUUAAGAAGCUACCAGACUCCAUGACGGUGCAGAAGGUGAAGGGCCUUCUGUCCAGGAUGCUUAAAGUCCCCGGAGCAGCAAUCACACUGACCUACACAGGGCCCAAGAUGAACGGGUCUGAGGUGGACCUGGACAAUGACCUGAAGCCGCUCCAGUUCUACUCCAUAGAGAACGGAGACUCCCUGCUGGUCCGCAGAACGUGACCUUCGACCCCUGGGCCAGAACCGCACACGGGCGGGGUCAAGAGGUUUAGGACCGGGUCAGUUAGGACUUGAAUCCCUGACCCAGAACCUGCUACAGCUAUGUCGAAAUGCUUUGUCUUCCCUGCCUUAUACUCAAACAGACCAUAAUAAACACUCUUCCACUGUCUAGAAACAAACUGCAUGUUGGAGUGAAUUCAUUCAUGUGUCCAUCAGAUAUCAGGCUCCUGAAUGAUUUCAUCACCCUUUCUGAAUUCUGUUAAGAAUUUUAGUAGCUUUUUAUUUAAUUUUUUUUACUCCCGGCAUUAUCCCGUUGAGCCACUGACAUUCCUGAGAACAGCAUGAAACCUCAUUCACAUGGUGAAAAUGUCGAUUGAUAAGGACACAUCAAGAAAACUCCAAGCAUACAUUUCACAAGAGAAUUAAGGGCUUUCUUAAAAGAGUACAGAUCUGAAAAUGUGCACUGUAUAUGGUAUCCACCUUAUGAUAGCCGUAUGGUAGUUAUACAAUAACAAAAUGGUCAUGUAGGCAAAAUGGUUUGAGACUGUGGACGUUUGGCUUUUCUAUGAAAUUGUGGGAAAAGUCAACAUUUUUAGAGCAGAAGGCCAGGGUGAAAAAGAUGUAUCUGAUUUUAGAGAUUAAUAUGAUGAAAGAAUUUUGAGUCCAGGUCACUCUCGUAACGAGAAAAAAGGCUUAUUCAUUUUUUUUUUUUAAUCGCACCACCUUUGGGUGCAGUACUACAAUUUGGAUUUAUUAGUAGUGGGGAGUAUUGGUAUGCACCUAAUCAUAGUUUUAUGUUUUUUUAUUCAAUAACAAAAUGGUCAUAUAAGAAUAAUGGGAUAACUGCUCGAACCUUAUUGGCCAAAAUCUCAAAUGGAACUAACUAAAACAAAUUCUGUUUGAUGAAUUUUGUUAGGCUUUGUCUAGAUCUUAUGUAGCGGUUUUGGUGAUUUUUGAUUAUUUCUGAAGCCUGUGAAUCUCUUUUAUCAUUUUCAGGGUUUUAUAAAUGCGUCUGAUUCUAGAGAUUAUUAUUCGGAUGGAACUUUGGGUCCAGGUCAUAAACCUGAUUUUUUUUUUUUUACAAUAGCGCCACCUGUUAUUACCAUGUUUAUUUAUUUUUGCACAGUGUGGAGCAUUGACCCUUUAACAUUUCACUUCAAUUUAUUGUAUGUGACAAAU